AUGGAGGCCGGCCGGGAGGGAGGGAGGGAGAGGCAAUCGGCGCCGCCAGGCUCUUCCACCUGCUCCGCGCGGCGCGGACCCUGCGCUGCUGAACCGGUGGCGGCGACCACGGCGCCGGAGUCGACGAAGGCGGGCAGCUACCUUGCAUCCCCUUACUCCUUGGGCGAAGCCGGCUCAGAUCUACGAGGCAAGGACGACCCCGGCCCGAACGGCAUCUUUGCGUUCCAGUUCCACGCACGCGCAUCGGACGCCGCACGCGUUCCAGUUCCACGCACGCGCAUCGGACGCCGCACGCGUUCCAGUUCCACGAGGCCUCUCUUAUCCUGCAAAACAGUUCCUGGGCAAACCAAGGUUGAUGAAGAAGUAAUGUCCAUCAGGGCUACUGCAGGAGCAGUCAUUUACCACACAGAAACAUUACUGAGCAUUGAUUUGGGAAUCAUCUGACACUGUGGUGGUUGAUUGUUGUGCUUUCCUCA